CCUUUUAAGUUCUCUGGAAGAACUGAGAUAUAGUUCCUCAUUUCAAUCAGGGAGUUUCUUCCUGAACCAAACUGCAUAAACAGAGCAUUUGAGUAGCACAUUUCACUUGCAUACAGCAGCGUUCGUUCAUUUUUGAGUGUUUUUGGACAGGAAAUUGAUCUACAGGGUAACAUUCGCACAAAAAAGGAAACAGUAUGGGACGAUGGCUUCUUAGUACAAGUGACUCCGUUCUGGAAAUUACGGACAAGAAACCUUGGAAGAAGAACAGCAUUAAAGAUCAAAAGCAUGAUGACUCCUGAUGAAAACAUCCCCAAAUGAUGAACCCACGAGCAAAAAGGAACUUCUACUUGGCGGCACCUGAUUUGCUGGAUCCUAAAUCUGCCGCUCAGAACUCCAAACCGAGGCUCUCCUUUUCCACGAAACCCACAGUGCUUGCCUCCCGGGUGGAGAGUGACACGACCAUUAAUGUUAUGAAAUGGAAGACGGUCUCCACGAUUUUCCUGGUGGUUGUCCUCUAUCUGAUCAUCGGAGCCACCGUGUUCAAAGCGUUGGAGCAGCCUCACGAGAUUUCACAGAGGACCACCAUCGUGAUCCAGAAACAAACAUUCAUUUCCCAACACUCCUGUGUCAAUUCGACUGAGCUGGACGAACUCAUCCAGCAAAUAGUGGCAGCAGUAAAUGCGGGAAUUAUCCCUUUAGGAAACACCUCCAAUCAAAUCAGUCACUGGGAUUUGGGAAGUUCCUUCUUCUUUGCUGGCACUGUUAUUACAACCAUAGGAUUUGGAAACAUCUCACCGCGCACAGAAGGGGGAAAAAUAUUCUGUAUCAUCUAUGCCUUACUGGGAAUUCCCCUCUUUGGUUUUUUGUUGGCUGGAGUUGGAGAUCAAUUAGGGACCAUAUUUGGAAAAGGAAUUGCAAAAGUGGAAGAUACGUUUAUUAAGUGGAAUGUUAGUCAGACCAAGAUUCGCAUCAUCUCAACAAUCAUAUUUAUCCUGUUUGGCUGUGUACUCUUCGUUGCUCUGCCUGCAAUCAUAUUCAAGCACAUAGAAGGCUGGAGUGCCCUGGACGCCAUUUAUUUUGUGGUUAUCACUUUAACCACCAUUGGAUUUGGUGACUACGUUGCAGGUGGAUCAGAUAUUGAAUAUCUAGACUUCUAUAAGCCUGUCGUGUGGUUUUGGAUCCUUGUAGGGCUGGCUUACUUUGCUGCUGUCCUGAGCAUGAUUGGAGACUGGCUCCGAGUUAUAUCAAAAAAGACAAAAGAAGAGAUUAAAAAUGCUGCCUUGAUAACCAGUGUUUGGGAGACAACAUCUUCAACUUUAUCAUAUCCCAUCUUGUGGAAUGAAGCCCACCCCUUGACCAUCUCUUUUCAAGUUGAAACUGCUCUACCCCCAGCACUCGUGGGAGAGUUCAGAGCCCAUGCUGCUGAGUGGACAGCCAACGUCACAGCCGAAUUCAAGGAAACCAGGAGGCGGCUGAGUGUGGAAAUUUAUGACAAGUUCCAGCGCGCCACCUCCAUCAAGCGGAAGCUCUCCGCAGAACUGGCCGGGAACCACAACCAGGAGCUCACUCCUUGUAGGAGGACCCUGUCAGUGAACCACCUAGCCAGCGAGAGGGAUGUCUUGCCUCCCUUACUGAAAACUGAAAGUAUCUAUUUGAACGGAUUGACACCACACUGUGCAGGCGAGGAAAUUGCUGUUAUUGAGAACAUUAAAUAGCCCUCUCUUUGAAGAGCCUUAGGCAUAGCCAUAGGUGAGGACUUCUAUAUGCUCUUUAUGACUGUUGCUGGUAGCAUUUUUAAAAUUGUGCAUGAGCUCCAAAGGGGGAAAAAAUAGAUACACCCAUCAUGGUCAUCUACCAUCAAGAGAGUUUGGAAUUCUGAGCCAGCACUAUAUUUUUGAUGAUGCUUGUUGAACGGUCCACUUUCUUUGAUGAGUGGAAUAAAACAAGCAAUGUCUCAUGCCUUUUUGUGCCCAGACUGUUUGCCUCCCUUUUUUCCUAAUGUGCCAUAAGGCCUCAGAAUGAAUUAUAAUUGUUUCUGGUAAUAAUGUAGCUUUGAGGGAUCAGUCCUUAAUUUUUCAGGGUCUACCUAACUGAGCCUAGAUAUGGACCGUUUAUGGAUGACAACAUGUCUUUUUGUAAAUGACAAGAAAUUCUUAUGCAGCCUUUUACCUAAGAAAUUUUCUGUCAGUGCCUUAUCUUAUGAAGAAACAGAACCUCUCUAGCUAAUGUGUGGUUUCUCCUUCCCGCCCCACCCCUAGGCUCACCUCUGCAGUCCUUUAUCCCACAGCUCCCGUUUGAAUACCGUACCUUGCUGGAAACAGUGUAUAACAUGACCGAAAUGAUGAUGCCCGAAGAAGGAAUAGAUGCCAAAUUAGAUGGACCUUGAAGCAACACUCAGAAACCCUAGCGUUAAAGGCACUGCAGAGAAAUGAGGUGCAAAGGUGGCCCCUCUGAGUAUUUAUUUGACUCAGGUACCAAUGGUACAUAUAUACAGUGUAAUUAUUACCAGGCCGGUGAAAUUGGCUGCUCCCAAACAGUCUCUUUUUUCCUGGCAGUAUUUAGAACUUAUCUUUUAUUAAUAACUAUACUUUUUUUUAAUAGUGGAAGAAGAAAAUCCACAUAUAUAUAUAUAUAUAUAUAUAUAUAUAUAUAAAUGAUCUGACAGAAGAAAACUGUUAAAAAUGGAUAUUUAUUGGAGGUGAUUUAAGACAACUGGUGUGAAUUACCAUUCUGAUGAAAAGAAGAUAGCAGAACAAUGUGUUAUGAACAUUUGCUAAUAAACAUUAUACUGCCAGCAUCUAUUCGCUUUUUGAUGUAUGAAAGGCUUAUAUGAUUUUUUCCCGUGGGUGACUUUUGCCAGACCAGAGGAGGUGAUGUGGCAGUCAGAGCUGGGCACAGUCCUAGCCUUCUGUGGGUGUACCUCUGCAGUUGUGGCUGAAUGUGGGAGCAGAAGUUGCAACUGGGAUCACUGUGAUUUUGCACAUGGAAAAAUGCAGAUUGCAGGCAUAAUUCAUCUCUGACAUUAGAGAAAAAGCUGUAAUAGCACAAUUGACAUUUUGAGAGCUUUUUUUUUUUUUUUUUUUUAGAUAGAAAAGGCUGAUAAUCCUUUUUAGUUUAAUUUUAUAUCCUGUAACUCUUUGGAUGUUUCCAAGAUUCAGAACAAAUUCAGUAAAGGCACCUAGUGGAUUGCUACUCUUUCUUUUAUUUUCAUACUUAGAUCUACUGUACAUUGUAUAUAUAAUUUUUAAAAUGCAGAAAGAAAAUGAUUUCCCUAAAUAUAGUUGCAAAACAUUUCUUUUACUCUUGGGGGGUAUCUGAAUAAGCGGCAUUCAGAUUAGGGUCUAAGAAAACCAGGAUCUUAAAAAACAACAACUUAACAGAUGCUUAUUUUCCAAAAUUUAAAUUUAAGCUAGAAAUGUAAAUAUUCAGUUAACUUGUGAAGCUACUUUUAUAAACUUAAAAAAUUCUAACCAAAAUUUUAGAAAGUCAGGCUCUUUUAAAAAGAAAGCUAAACCCAUUUCCUCAAGAACUGUUCUGCAAGUUCCUAUGGUGGAAUGCACCAUGUAUAAACUGUGAAUUGUAUUGACAAAUAAAGUUUGUAAUUAAAGUCAGCAUUUUCAAAGUCUCCUGCUUGCUGCUGAGAAUUGAGGUCUGAUUCUGGCUAAGAAGAACUCCAGGAUGUCACUUUUCAUGCUGAGUUUUUUGUGGCUCCUUCACUCACAAUAUACAAGAAAUAUUUUUGAUGCGGUAUUACUAACCUUGUUAAAUACAUGCAGAAUAUUCUUCUUGGUGGCUGUUAAUCAAAAGUAAAUAUCCUGAAAUUUCAUUUUUUGAAAUAUGAUAUUUUAAAUAGCAUAUAGAUUCAAGAUAGUUUCUAUUAAAUCACAACAUAUCAAUAUCUUAUCGUAUCAUUGUUAGACCUUGUCUUGAUGUUGAAGUAAUCUGAAUGCAGAACACAGGCACCUGAAGAUUCUUGUAAAAAAAGCAAACAUCCUGGCAAUGUUGAAGUCUAAAGAAGGUAGUUGGCAACUAGUCUUCUAGACCUCAUACUGCAAAUAUUUGGACUAUGUACCUUGUCAGUAUCUCACAUGAAUUUAUUUUUUCAUUCCCAAGCACCUUGAGGCUCAGUAAGUGUCCUAAAACUGGUCCCCAACAUUAUCCUCAGGAUUGGGGAAGAGCUAAGACACCAUGCAUAUUAUAUCAAUUUUGUUUUCUCCAGCUUUAUUUUGUUUACUUCUUGUAGAGAGAACAUUAAUAAAGAUUCUAACAUAGUCUAGAAUUUUCUAGUGAGUUUAUUUUUUCAUUGGACCAGUUUAAGAGUGAGUAGUUUUUCCCUGAAGGAUAUUUGAAAAAAAAUUAAGUGCUAGAACCAGCAAGGAUCAGAAAUUCUGAUCUGAAAUCUUAGAUGUGAAUUCUCUCUAUCUCCUUUACAACUAUUAAAUGUAAAAGUGAUUAUUUUGGAGUUCUUUCAGUUUCUUACAUAAAUCUCUAUACUUUGCUACAUAGUUCAUACCACACACCCUUUUUUUUUUCGCCAAUAAUAUUUCACUCUUGCAAUGCAGGGAAAAGUUAAACUUCUAAAGCCAAGGGGGAAUUGAAUAAUUUGUGUCUUGGUCUUCAAAAAAAUGAGGGGGCAGUGUGUAGGGCUUUGUCGCUUUCUCAAAUUCUGAGGAACAUGUGACAUAUAAGAAAGACCAAAUCCCACCUCACUUUGUGUGAAAAAUUCUGUAGAAUCCUAUGAUUCUUAAGGCCAGAAGUUCAAACAGACUAAGGGAAGUUUUAGAUGGAAUACCGAGAAAACAAAUUUAGACUUUCUGCGGACUUGAAAUAGCUGUUUAUGUCUAAGAACUGGAGGCCUAGAUCAACUUUUAUUUUUGUUUUCCUUUUUUAAAAUAAAUGUUUGCUGUUCUAGUGAAAUCAUAACUUAUUUGUGGUUUGCAUUCCUUAUUAAAAUGUGAGUAUAAAUUUGCUUUUGUAAAAAGUAAAAGAUGUCUCUAUUUGAAUACUCAUAACUCCAUUAAAAUUAAUAUAUGA